GUUUUCAUGAGGUUUUGUCAUUUCACUGGGCGCAAUUUUGUAUAUUUUUUGUAAAUAAUAAUGCCCUUUUAUCGAAAACCUAGGAACUUUACACCUUUGUCAGUUGAAUCAGAAAAGAAAUCCAUAAAAAAUGGCCUGCGCCAUGCUAUUUAUACAUCAAGACUUGACUAUUAUAAAGGGGAUUGGAAGAAUGAUAAGAAAGAAGGAAAAGGCCGAUUCCUAACAAUCAAAGGUUAUUUAUAUGAGGGCGACUGGUAUCAAGGAUUCAGGCAUGGUUUUGGAGUUCUAAGCUACCGCGAAGCAGAGACUGGAAUUUUUAAGCUGAAAUACAGAGGUGAAUGGGUCAGGGGAAAACCGGAAGGCAUCGGGUGGAUGUACUAUGAAAAUGGCGACAUGUAUUUCGGUUAUUUCAAGAGAGGGUUGCGCCACGGCUACGGCAAAAUGUGGUUCAAAGAUGGAACUUUGUACGUCGGAUAUUGGAACAAGGAUGAGAGGGAUGGAUUGGGAAUGCUCGUCGAAAGAUCCGGCAACCGCUACGAAGGCAACUGGCAGGGCUCCGCGCGGCACGGGCUCGGCCGCUACUACCACCUGCACACGGGGCAGCUGCAGGAGGGCUGCUGGGACCACGGCGUCUGCGUGCGCUCCAAGAUGGAGGAUAUCAUUAUACGACAGUUCUGCGAUUUGCCCACCCCGUAUCCUAUACCGCCGCAAGAAUUAUACGACGCAAGAGCGAUACUUGAGGGAAGCGAGUUAUGGUUGAAACAAAGACUCGGGGACAUAGACAAGAAACUACAACAUUGUAUCGAUCAAAUGGAUUAAUUUAUUAUUCAACUUCAGAUCACUGUUUAAAAAUGUGUAUAAAAUUGUUACCAAUAACUGUUCAUGAAUGAGCAAAUAAAUUCUUAUUCUAAAACACUGAAA